AGCAGCUCUCCCAAGUGCUGGGGCUGGCGAGGCCACUGAGCAGCUUCUCCUGCAGGUGGACUGCACGGCCAACUCCAACACCUGCAACAAGUACGGCGUGAGCGGCUACCCCACCCUGAAGAUCUUCCGGGACGGGGAGGAGGCAGGCACCUACGACGGGCCCAGGACAGCAGAUGGAAUUGUCAGUCAUCUCAAGAAACAGGCAGGACCUGCUUCAGUGGCUCUCAAUUCUGUGGCUGAGUUUGAGAAAUUCAUUGGUGAUAAAGAUGCUUCUGUAGUGGGCUUCUUUGGAGAUGUGUCUGGUGAGGCUUACUCAGAGUUCCUGAAGGCUGCCAGCAGCCUCAGGGAUAACUACCGCUUCGCACACACCAGCCACCAGCAGCUGCUGCAGGAGCACGACCAGGAUGGAGAGGGUAUCGUCUUAUUCCGUCCUCCACGCCUGACAAACAAGUUUGAGGACAGCUCCAUCAAGUACACAGAAGACAAAAUCACCAGUGGAAAGAUCAAGAAAUUCAUCCAGGAGAACAUCUUUGGCAUCUGCCCACACAUGACUGAAGACAACAAAGACCUGAUCCAGGGGAAGGACUUGCUGGUGGCCUACUACGACGUGGACUACGAGAAGAACGCAAAAGGGUCCAACUACUGGCGCAACAGAGUUAUGAUGAUUGCAAAGAAGUUCCUAGAUGCUGGCCACAAGCUGUCCUUUGCUGUCGCUAGUCGGAAGACCUUUGGCCAUGAGCUUUCGGAGUUUGGUCUGGACAGCAGCGUGGGCGAGGCUCCCGUUGUUGCAAUCAGAACUGCUAAAGGAGACAAAUAUGUCAUGCAGGAAGAAUUCUCACGUGACGGAAAGGCUCUGGAGAGAUUCCUGCAAGAUUAUUUUGAUGGCAACUUGAAGAAGUAUCUGAAAUCGGAGCCUGUCCCUGAAAGCAACGAUGGCCCUGUGAAGGUGGUGGUUGCUGAGAACUUUGAUGAAAUUGUUAAUGCAGAAGACAAAGAUGUCCUGAUAGAGUUUUACGCACCCUGGUGUGGCCACUGCAAGAAUCUGGAGCCCAAAUACAAAGAACUGGGGGAGAAGCUCAGUAAAGAUCCCAAUAUUGUCAUUGCCAAAAUGGAUGCUACAGCCAAUGAUGUGCCUUCUCCAUAUGAAGUCAGAGGCUUCCCCACCAUCUAUUUUGCGCCAGCUGGCAAGAAACAGAGUCCAAAGAAGUAUGAGGGUGGCAGAGAAGUGAGCGAUUUCAUCAGCUACUUGAAGCGGGAGGCCACCAACACUCCUGUGCUGCAGGAGGAAGAUAAAACCAAGAAAUCCAAGAAGAAGGUGAAGGAGGAUUUGUAAAGUGUCAUCUUGUCAGGAUGAGCUCUGCGUGAAUUGGGGAAGCACUGGGCAUACUGGGGCCCGUUCUGGGUUGUGGAGAGCCAGUGGCCACGUGGGCUGUGGGGACCCAGCUGCUGUAUCUAGCUCUGUUUAAUUUCCUGCCGUCUCUUAGCUGCACUGUUGUGGGGCUCCCCAGGCUGGUUUGUUUUGUGGUUUGGGAGGGGGGGGGAUAGGGUUAUUUUCUAAUUUUUUUUGUACAUUUGGAGAAGUGAAACAAUAAAAUGACCCCAAUAAGACCAA